UGGUCUAAGCGAAGAGGGGCCGUCCCAGAAGCGGAAGUGUGUCUCGGCUGAUCUUUCGCUGUCAUUCGGCCACGGUCGGUUCCAGGAGAGAGGGGCAGCCAAGAAGCAAGCACGCACACACACAGAGGAUCGGCUGGCUCUGAAGGAGAGACAGUUAGUGAGAAGAAAAGAAAAUAAAGCGAACAAUGAAACCGAUCGAAUAAGGCUUUAUGAACGAACCGAGUAUAAGUCACACACUGCCACGUUAACAAAGCUCUUCGAUGAUACGGUCCAGAUUACAGGCAGCAGAUAGAGAGCUGUGUCAUUGAGCAGGCAGGACACGUCAGGAGAAGGGAGAGAGAAAAAAAAGAGCUGACCGACUGCACUGUACGAGUCAGCUACUAAAACCGCCUCUGAAAACCUUUGCCUGCCGCACUCAUUGUUUCAAGGACACCGUCUCGCUCUCAGCCCGAGGGAAAGGAUCUCGACACAGACGACGCCGAGGUCGAAAGGUGGUGAUCAGAAGGACCAAACGAUCACGGGAUAGCACUUGUCUGUGGGGGGAGAAAACAAAUGGGGGAUUACGGGUUUGGAGUUCUAGUUCAAAACAACACUGGCAACAAGUCUGCAUUCCCGGUCCGAAUCCACCCGCAUCUGCAGCCCCCUCAUCAUCACCAAAAUGUGUCGCAGAGCCCUGCCGCUUUCAUAAACAGCACCACAGCCGCAGGGAAUGGCACCACGGGAGGCUCUCCCUGGCUCUUCCCUGCCUCCGCCACCCACAACAGCGUGCAAGACGAAAUCCUGGGGGGGCCAGAAAAACCCAAAGCACAGCAGCAACAGGAAAUGCAAGAAACGCAAGAAAAGCAGCAGUUGUCUCCUGGGAGUCACCAAGAGGGUGGAAGUGGCGUUGGGAUAAUUUCAGAAUUGGAAAAAGCCAGGUCCGAGGAAGGCAAGACAGAGAAUGGCACAUCUGACAGCAGUAAUGGAAAAGAGAAGCAGCUCCGUCUUGAGUCACCUGUUCUGACAGGCUUUGAUUACCAGGAGACAUCUGGUCUCGGGGGUACGGGCCCAGUUCAGUCCAGUACAACCUCGUCAUCGCUUUCUGGCUUUAACAACUGGUCACCCGCCAUCCCACCUGCGCCAUCAACAAUCAUCAACGAGGAUGUCAGCUUUUUCAACCCGGCGUCUGCCAGUAACGGGCCUCUGCUGUUCCAGAACUUCUCACACCACGUCAGUCCAGGGUUUGGUGGGAACUUCUCCCCCCAGAUCGGACCAGCUGCUGCCUUGUCCCAGCACCACCCGGCUCCCCCACCCCAUCCCCAUUUCCAGCACCCCCACAGCCAACACCAGCAGCAUCGGCGUUCUCCAGCUUCUCCCCACCCACCACCGCCCUUCCCACACAGGAAUGCAGCUUUCAGCCAGUUGCCGCAUUUGUCCAACAGCCUGAACAAGCCCCCGUCUCCCUGGGGUCCAGCCAGCUACCAGAGUCCCUCUCCCUCCCCCGGCUCCUCCACUUCCUGGAGUCCCGGAGGAGGAUAUGGUAGUGGUGGCGGCUGGGGAGGAUCUCAAGGCAGAGAUUAUCGACGCGGGCUGAAUGGCGGGAUGACUCCCAUUAACUCUAUCUCCCCAUUGAAGAAGACCUUCCCUAACAACCAUGUGGCAUCCCAGAAGUACCCUCGAAACAGUCCCGCAGGCUUUAACCCCAAGUCCUGGAUGGAUGAUGGAGUUGGCCGCAGCGAUAACAUCUUCCCCUUUCAGAUGGAGGAUGGGCGUAGAAUGGCCUCCCUGUCGGUGUGCAUGUCUGAGAGAGGGAGAGGGACUGAUUAUGAGCGCACCAGGUCAUUUGACAGCUUCAACAUGAACACUCUGGAGAGCUCCCUGAUUGACAUCAUGAGAGCUGAGCAGGACAGCCUGAAAGGUCGUCUUGGUUUUCCUCACCCAGGAGGGGACAACCCUCUUCCCCUCAAUGCCAGGAAUUAUAGCAGGAGACGAGGCCACUCUUCUCUCUUCCCCAUAGAGGAUGGUUUCCCUGAUGAUGAACGUGGAGACCAGGGUCUCGCAGGCCUAGGUUCCCCACACUGCUUUCCGCACCAGAACGGAGAGCGCGUGGAACGCUACUCGCGCAAGGUCUUUGUUGGAGGACUGCCCCCAGAUAUAGAUGAAGAUGAGAUAACAGCCAGUUUCAGACGCUUUGGACACCUGUUUGUGGACUGGCCUCACAAAGCUGAGAGCAAAUCCUAUUUUCCUCCCAAAGGCUAUGCCUUCCUGCUGUUCCAGGACGAGAGCUCAGUGCAGGCUUUGAUCGAUGCCUGCAUCGAGGAGGAUGGCAAGCUGUACCUCUGCGUGUCCAGCCCCACCAUCAAAGACAAGCCGGUCCAGAUCCGCCCAUGGAACCUGAAUGACAGCGACUUUGUGAUGGAUGGAUCUCAACCUCUUGACCCAAGGAAAACCAUCUUUGUGGGAGGAGUUCCUCGCCCACUUCGUGCAGUGGAGUUGGCCAUGAUAAUGGACCGCCUGUACGGUGGAGUUUGCUACGCUGGCAUCGACACAGACCCCGAGCUGAAGUACCCCAAGGGAGCGGGGCGGGUCGCCUUCUCUAAUCAGCAGAGCUACAUUGCUGCUAUCAGUGCUCGCUUUGUACAGCUGCAGCAUGGAGAAAUCGAUAAACGGGUGGAAGUGAAGCCAUAUGUGCUGGAUGACCAGCUGUGCGAUGAGUGCCAGGGAACUCGCUGCGGUGGGAAGUUUGCGCCGUUCUUCUGCGCCAACGUCACCUGCCUACAAUAUUACUGCGAGUACUGCUGGGCGGCCAUCCAUUCGCGCGCCGGCCGCGAGUUUCACAAACCCCUGGUGAAAGAGGGAGGCGACCGACCCCGUCACAUCUCCUUCCGCUGGAACUGAGCGGAAAUUAGAGAGGGAGAGGCAACAGAGGAGCAGGAGGGCAGACCUCUGCAGGAUGCACGUGACAGAGAGAUAAAAGAAACCUACGUUUGAAUUGAUUUGGCAGUGCAGGACUUUGAGCAUCCUUUAUAUAGAGAACACUGUUUAAAAAGACUUGAGAACCUGUCCCCGCUGUCUGUCGAGGUGAUCUUACAUAGACCUAUCUGGAGGAAAGGGGAGCUUAAAGACUUGAAUGUGGUAAAUGUUGCAAGUUAACUUCAAGUUGUUAUGUGCAAUACUUCUUUUGAACCUUUUUCCAGAUAAAGACUCUUUGCAAUGUAAUUCUUUAAUGCCAUUUUUAAUUGCAGACAUUUAAUUAAAGAAGAUGUUAAUAUGUUUUUCACAGUCAUUUUCUACUGUUAUUGUAAUCCUUUUCAUGCUGGUGUUUGUAAAAAAGAAAAGAAAUCAAACUAUUUGUACUAAUAUAAAUAAUUGAAGUUAUUUUUAAAACAUUAAAGGUUUUGUGCUCAUUUGCUUAUUUUGUUUAUUUUAAGCUACUGUGAUUGAUUGCAUUGUAAUUAUUAGGUCAACAAUGUAUUUAGCUGUUUAUUGGUAUAUUUUUAAUUGGAAUGUAUAAUUGAUUUUUAUAAUUUUGAUCAGAUUUUUGUUAUAUUUUUGAGGUGAAGCUUUUAAUAUGUUAAAGUGUCUAGUUUUUACUAAUUGCUAUAUUGUGCUCCACAAUAUAUGGUUCACAUUUUCUGAAGGAAAAUAAAUAUUUAAAUAUUUGUCUGUUAAUGAUGUUACUUAAUGGCAAGAUUUCAAUAGUUUUUAACUGUGUAUGGGAAGGUUGUUGUAUUUAUUAAUAGCAUUUUUUUACUUAAGAUAUCACCUUAAUUUUUAUUGUCAUUUCACUUUAUAAGUUCCUAUUUUUGUAUUUUCCUUUCUAAUUAAGUUAUGUAAUACGGAUAUGUCCAUAUUUCUAGGAGUUGGUCUGUAGAAGUGCUAGUGAAACGAAAAAGAAAAAUCUAAUGUUAUUUAAUUGUUUGCAGCCAACUAUUUAUAACAGUAUGCAUAAUUUUUAAAUAUUUGUAAUGUGAAAUGUUGAAUGAAAUAAAUCUUAACUGUGAUGAAA